CACGUUUUGCAAAGCUCUACAGAAUGCCCAAAUAUUACGAGGAUAAAGAGGACGAUGGCCGCGCCUGCGCUGGAUUAAGAGAAGAUUUCAAAGCCUGUCUCCUUCAGCAUGACUGUGUAGUGAAGGAGGGUAAGAAGCCCAGUGAGUGUCUGAAGGAAGGACAUUGCAAAGGCUUGCAAGUGGCUUUCUUUGAGUGCAAGAGAUCCAUGCUGGACACCAGAUCUCGAUUCCGAGGCCGAAAGGGAUACUGAAUAACACCUUCAACGUGAAUAACAUGUUUUGUAUCAAAAUGCCAAGACAUGCUCUCAAAUGUGUAAAUAUUAUGCUUUUUA